CUCUUGCACCACCACCCUUCCCAAGCUCUUCGCCAUGUUCCCGACUCGUGUUCUGCGCAUGCAGGCCUCUCGGCCCUUUGCUUUUCCUGCUCCUAAGGAAAACCACAGCGCCCACACUAUCUCUCAGCGUCUGCGCACUCUGAAGAGAAUCCCCCCGGAGUUGAUCCCUCUCGGUCUGGUCCUUGGUGUCGCCGUUGGUGCUGCCAUCUACUCCAGCUCCAAGAAGCUCAUGACCGACAAGACCCUCCGUCUCUACCGCAACAGCCCCGAGGAGCGUGACCACUAAGAAUGUACCAUCACAUUUGAAUCAAAUUGCAAUGGGCGAUUCUCUGGUUGAUUUGUCGGCGAUCUGUAUCAUGCACGGGAUAGUUGGACCCUGUCGCGCAGCGGCAGAGAAGAAUGGAAUGCUCGAAAUUGCUCAGGCUCAGGGUUGGAGCGCGUGUAAAUAGUACGGCUUUAAACGAAGGGUUCUGAUGGAGUAAUAUCGCAUAUUACUGUCGCCGCCUUCUCUG